AUGGACUAUGUUAAACAUGAGUCUGAUCUUAUUGACGUUCUCAAUACUCCUGGUAUUGCGAGACAUGAGCAACCAUCCUUAAACCCUGAGACCGCCAUGGAUGUUCUCCAGACUGCAUACUCUCAAAUGGCAACUAUUUUUUACUUCAGCUCAAUCAGCAUUCAUCCAAUGCAAUUGGGUCGAUUUCGAAAGUUGUUGAAGAUGAUGAAUUUGACUACCGCUGGGAGGUCAAACAUCAUCCAUUGA